CCCAGACCCGUGCCGCAUCCACUAGGCCAUGCUGCUUCUCGUGAUUUGCAUGACAUCCUAAAGCUCAAAGGGGUGGUGGGCCCCGCAGACCAGGGAAGGUGUUUCACUAGAAGAAGAAGGACUGGAGACCCUUCCUCAAAUCCUCCUGGGCUGUUCUGAGUGGUCACUAUUCUUUCUAAGGUGCACUCCGACCGGAACGUGUAUCCAUCCGCUGGAGUCCUUUUUGUUCAUGUUUUGGAGAGAGAGUACUUUAAGGGGGAGUUUCCUCCGUACCCCAAGCCCGGUGAGAUAAGUAACGAUCCGAUAACCUUUAAUACGAAUUUAAUGGGCUACCCCGACAGACCCGGUUGGCUGCGUUACAUCCAGAGGACGCCCUAUAGCGACGGAGUAUUGUACGGCUCACCGACGGCCGAGAACGUGGGCAAACCCACCGUCAUUGAGAUAACUGCCUACAAUAGGCGCACCUUUGAGACCGCCAGGCAUAAUUUGAUCAUUAACAUAAUGUCAGCAGAAGAUUUUCCACUGCCGUAUCAAGCGGAAUUCUUCAUCAAAAACAUGAACGUCGAAGAAAUGCUGGCCAGCGAGGUGCUCGGAGACUUCCUCGGCGCUGUGAAAAACGUUUGGCAGCCGGAGCGCCUGAAUGCCAUAAACAUCACGUCGGCUCUAGACCGGGGCGGGAGGGUUCCCCUCCCCAUCAAUGACAUGAAGGAGGGGGUGUACGUGAUGGUUGGCGCAGACGUCCCCUUCUCCUCCUGCCUGCGAGAAGUGGGCAACCCACAGAAUCAGCUGCGGUGCAGCCAGGAAAUGGAGCCGGUAAUCACCUGCGACAAAAAAUUCCGGGCUCAGUUUCACAUCGAUUGGUGCAAAAUCUCUCUGGUGGAUCAGUCCAAGCAAGUGUCCACCUAUCAGGAAGUAAUCCGAGGAGAGGGCAUCUUAGCCGACGGCGGCGAGUACAAGCCCCCUCCCGACUGGCUGAAGAGCAGAGAUUAUUACUCGGACUUCUUGGUCACGCUGGCCGUGCCCUCGGCGGUGGCCCUGGUACUCUUCCUCAUCCUCGCCUACAUCAUGUGCUGCCGGCGGGAAGGAGUGGAAAAGAGAAACAUGCAAACCCCAGACAUCCAAUUGGUCCACCACAGUGCCAUUCAGAAGUCCACUAAAGAACUCCGGGACAUGUCCAAGAACCGAGAGAUAGCCUGGCCCCUGUCGACGCUGCCCGUCUUCCACCCCGUCACCGGGGAGAUGGUCCCGGCCCUGCACCCCGACAGCUACGAUAACACGAGCCUGCCACUCAUGCAGACCCAGCAAAACCUGCCACACCAGACGCAGAUUCCCCAGCAUCAGGCUGCAGGAGAGUUUCGCAUGACAACUUUCCAAAGAUUCGAGGUAAAUGGUAUCCCUGAGGAAAGAAAGCUGACGGAAGCCAUGAAUCUGUAACGGCCGACGCAGCGGGGACGCCGACGCGGCACGUCGUUCCCUGCCAGGGAGGGCUGGGCACGCGAGCUUUCCCAGCGGUCUGUGUGCAUGCCCCGCCCCCGCCCCCAACCCCUGCUCCCGCCACGAUCCUCUCCACACGACCCUGUGCUUUUCUACUCCGGGCAGCCACGGCGAUUUGUACACACACUGACAACUUUCUACAUCUGUGACGUCCAAGAGGGAGACGGACCUCUAAGACGGACAUUAUUAAUAAAGGACCAGACGAAAGCA